ACAAUUUAAAGGAGUGGUGACAAUGUGUAUGUGAAAUCGCUGUUGGGUGUACCGCUUCGCCAUUUUAUCAAUAUUUUAUUUAAAAAAACUGUUUUACAAUUUAAUGUGCGAAUGAUUAGUUAGUUUUAAAAGUUAAACAAAUUGUUGUAUGUGAAAAUAUGAAGUUACGUGCUACUAAGCACAUGACAUAUAGUUCCAAACCAGAAAAAAUUAAAAAAUCGUGAAUUGAAAUUGUGUAGCAAAUCCACAAUAUGCCAUUGCCGAAACGGGUAAUUGAACCCGUUUACGUGACAAGGGGCACGUUACCGGAAGAUUAUCCAUUACCAUGCGAACUCGAAGCUGUAACCAACGGAACUUUAGCCAAUACAGUUCGACAGUUAUCUUCUUUAUCGAGACAUGCCGAAGAUAUGUUUGGCGAAUUGGCACGGGAUGCUCAACAGCUCUACGAUAGAUCAAAUUCGUUACAAGCACGUAUAGACAGGUUAGCUAUCAAAGUAACUCAAUUGGAUAGUACCGUAGAAGAGGUUUCUCUGCAAGAUAUUCACAUGAGGAAGGCCUUCAAGAGCAGCGUUGUUUUCGACCAACAGAUAUUUUCUCGAGAAACAAUGCCAACGGCUAUGCUAGAAACUUAUACAGUGUGUGACAAACCGCCCCCGUUAGAUAAAUUGAAUUGUUAUCGAGACGACGGGAAAGACGGUUUGAAAUUCUACACGGAUCCAAAUUAUUUCUUCGAAUUGUGGCGACAAGAAAUGUUGAACGAUACUGAAAGAGUGAUGCACGAUAGGGGGAAGAAACCUCACAGACCUAGAACGGACGGCGGACAAGGAAAUAGACACAAGAAGAGAGUUAGACAGCCUCACAAUACUAGGGAAAGGUAUAAACAGAUAGCCAGGGAUCAAGGAGAGUAUAUUAUGCCCCAAAAUACAAUUUAUAGAACACCUUCUCAAUUGCAACAGUCUCCGCAACCAAUACCACAGGAAGAAAUGAUGGCAUCCCAACAACAAAUACAACAACGUCCACCAAGGCCAAAUUCCAUAGAAAUCCGCCGUUCUUACCAACAAGAAGUACCAGACGGUGUCAUGUCGCCGGCUUAUCCACCGUACGAAGAAAAUCCAUACCAACAUGGUCUCUACGGUCAAGGUCCUUUGAGCUCGGAAUCUUUAUAUGCCGGCGGAACACCAACUAGAGGUGGUAAGAUACGACCUAGUCAACCGCCACCAGCGCCGCCAAGUAAUAACAGUACCCCAUCUGCCAGCACACCAACUAGGGGUAGAAGUAUAUCAAGCGGAAGGGAUAAUUUACCGCCUCCACCACCUCCUCCAGAAGUCACUAUGUCACCGCCGCCACCGAACGGUAUUCCAGCUCAUAUCGUUCGACAAAGUAGUCAUUCAAGAUCUAAUAGUCCGCAUUCCCAUCAAGGUACGCCGGAACCGCCGCAAGAUCUACCUCCACCUCCACCAGCUCCCGUCAAACAAGCUUCGCCGCCGAAGCAGCAAACUCCCGUAGCUCCACCUCCACCGCCUCCGCCACCGAUGCCAAUGAUUUUGAACGGUUCAAUGACUACCCCGCCGAUGUUGAACGGCGAUCUCGCUAAAAUUCUCAAUUCUGCGCCGCCAAAAUUGACUCCAGUUAAAGAUCGACCGAUGAAUAAACCGCCAAUGGUCGAUCCGAGAAAUGAUCUUUUGAAAGCUAUAAGAGACGGUAUUAAAUUGAGGAAAGUGGAGAAAAUCGAACAGAAAGAGGUGGAAAGAGGUAACGGUUUGCACGACGUCGCCAGUAUCUUAGCAAGACGAGUAGCUGUGGAAUUCAGUGAUUCGGAAUCGGGAAGCGAUUCGGAAUGUGACAGCGAAGGAUGGGGAGAAAACGAAACGUCGGCGUGACACAGACGCAAGGCUAGUACCGCUAGCCAGGUGUACUAAGUCGCUAGUAUUUGGAUUCCGAAAGCAUCAUUUUGACAAUUUUUGGUUUAUCGUUAUCGAUAACAACGAACGUAUGAGUAGAGAAUGAAAUUGAUUCGAUGAGAAAACUAGAAUCAAAAAAAUUUUUUUUUGUUUUUAUUAUUUUUAUCAAAUUUUAGGUCUAAUUAGUUUCAUUGUGAUCAAAGUGAAACAUCUGGUCUUGAUAAUACCAACCAAAAUUGGGCGUUGUAGGUUCACAGAUGCCUUUAUAAGAUUAUCUAGAGAUGGUAUUAAUAAUCCUUCCUUACAGGACACUGGCUUAUAUAGGGGUUCGAUAAACAAAAUUCUUGGAAGGAUAUCUGGAUUGUUGUACAUAAUUCUAUUAAAUUUGGAAAUAAAUUGCUCGAAAUUGUUGUUUCUAACCGAAAUGUUAUACUUUGAAUUGCAUUAAGUCGUUUUUUGUAUGACUUGUAUUAUUUUUUUUUGUUAUGUUUUUUUUUAUAGUUUAUUUAUUUUGUGUAUAAAGGAAAAAAGUAGUAAAGAAAGUACUGAAAAAUAGUUAUAGCCAGAGAAUUGUAUUAUUUUUUUUUUCAUGUAACACCACCAAUAUAUCUAAGGAACAACAUGUCUUUAUCAAUUUUUAUUUUAACCAUAUACUAUUUCUUCGCCUCAAUUUCCUUUUAUUUUGAGUUGUAUUGUAUUUAGAGUGUAAUUUUGUCACUCUUGGGUUGAAAAAACAAUUUUCUCGAAUAAAAAAUCUCUAAUUUAAGCUAAAUUUGAUUUUCUGUUCUUGUUGUUUCUGUUAUUGUUACUAAUAAACCUAUAAUGCUGGUUUCACACGUGAUAUACUAUCACAACCCCUUUUUUUGUAGGGAUACAAUGAAAUAAUGGCUUCUUAUAACUAAAUAACGUUACCCUUCACUACAAACUAUGAAUCCCUAAUAUUUUUCGAAUAGAUUUUGCUGGAUCCAAAUUAACAAAGGGCUAACAUGAUGAAAAAUUUAUGGUUGAUAAGUUUAUAGGGGCAUGACAUCCAUUCACAAUCCCUUUUGUAUGGUUCUGGGAAUAAUAACGUUGCCCUUUACCACAAACUACGAUUCCCUCAUAUUUUUUUAAUGGAUUUUGUUUGACCCAAAAUAACAAAUAAAUAAAAACCUUAUGGUGGAUGAUUUUAUAGGAGCGUAUCAUCUAUUCACAAUCCCCAUAGACCCGAAGUUACAACAGUUCCAUGGAGAAAAUUAUUUUAUCUGGAAUAGACCACUAUAUUAAAUUCUUCUUUGGUACGAAUUCCUCUGUAUCUGAUGGAUAAACGUUAUCAUGAAGUUAGGUAUUAACAGUAUAAGAAUGCAUGAAUUUUGUCAUGGCUGAGGAUUUUUAACAGAAGAAAAAUAUUUGUAUUGGCUGUUCGAUGCUCCUAAACCAGCUUUUUAUCGUUUUAAUAAUUCUUGUUUAUAAUAAAAGAAAUAAGGCUGGUUUUACACGUAGUUUUUGGUCACAAUUUAUUUUUUAUCAUGUAGGUAGUAGCUCCUUUCUCCUAAUAAGUAUUAUCACUUCUUCCUUCACUAGUUAAUAUGAUUCUGAGAUUUUUUGGCUGAAUUAGUUCUGAUCUAAAAUGAAAAAGAGCUGUAGCUCACUGUUAGAAACUUUUUGUUGGUUAGAUUACAGAAAUGGUACGGAUGGAACUAUCAUAGAGGCCGUGAAAAAAAUUGUUUUGUAUGGAUUGCUCACCGUCCCGUAUUUUGGAUGUCUUCUGCUUGAUUCGAGGCUCUUCAAUUGUUUUGGUAGAGAAUAGUGUAAGGGAUUGUUAUUGUUGAACUUUAUAUUGAGUAAUGAUAUGGAGUUGGAAGCAAACUGUAAUUUUGAUACAUAAUAAUAGCAAAUUCAUUUUAAACAGUCAUUUUUUUAAACUAUUCAACAAAUGGGCCAAUUCAUAGUAUCUAUAACUCACCAACUGGAUGAUACUUUUAUGAAGCAUCGAAUAUCAAUUUUUAUUAUCAAAAGUGUUACGGAGGGAAAAAUUUAAUAAAGCAGAAAAUAAAAAAAAAUGUGUAGAAAAAGUUCUACUACUGGAAUCAACACUAAUAAUAGAAGUCAUUUAGUCAUAACUUAGAAGGGUUAAAUAUUCAAGGACAGUGUUGUGAGAAAAAUUGUAGAUUGUUGUUGAAUGCUGCUUAAUAACUUUUUAAAAACAAAGAUUUUUCAUUAAAAUUUAUUACUGCACAUAUUUAGAACCAAUGGAGAAUAAAAAAAUUAAAAUGAGGAAUUGACAGUGGAAAUAGAUAUGUUAGAUAAUGAAAAAGUUAAUAGACAUACUUUAUCAUCAAAUAUUAAUAUUGAAUAAACAAUUUCCAUGUGUCUAUUUUUUAUUUAUUUUAUUAUCUUCUCUUUUCCUUCUACCUUUCUUGUUAUGAGGUUUCUUCUUGUCAAAAUUAAUUCCUUUCUCUAUUUACUCUAUUUUUUAUCCUUGUUCCAGUCUUCUUUUGUAUUCCCGUUAAUCUGUCUCCUGUCGAUGAAAAUUUAUCUCCUUCUAUGAAUGAUUCUUUUACGUUAUUUAUUUCUCUCCCACUUAGUUUGCUUCCGCAUUCUUCUUAAUUAUCAAAUUUUCUGCUCUGUUUGUAGUACUAAUAAUUGUUAUUGAGUACCUAGUAAAUUUUUAAUUUAUUUACCUUGUUAGUGAUGUUAUUAUAGAUAAAUAUUAUAUUCCUGAUACUUGCUAUAAAAAAUUGAAAUUAAAACGUUUUUUUUUUCAAUAAAAAUUCUAUUUGAACAAUUUUUAUUUUUUUUUAAAUCGUCGACUGAGAACAGAAGUGACCUAAUCCUUAUUUUUAUUCAUAUUAUUUUACUACAUACUCAUUAUAUAAGGCCUCAAGCUAUCUGCUUUAAUACAUUAUUUAAAUUUUUGAGCGUUGUAGUGAUCUAUUGUUGGAGGUUUUUUAAAUAAACUAUUAAUAGUUUUCAUUAGGUCACUUUUAUUCUCAAUUAAAAUACAUUUUGCAAAAAAUCAAAUUUAGAAUUUAUUGAGAAACUCUGUAUAUAUAUUUCGCGUUUAAGAAAACAAUUCAACCCUCCUUCAUAUUUAAACGUGUAUAUUAAUAAUAAACCAAAUAGUUUGUAAUAAAAUAUUCCAUGAGUAAUGCCAAACUUUCAGUAUUACGCUACGUAUUUUCUCCAAACGAACCACCAGUGAGAACAUCCGGAAUUUUUAACAAAAAAACCAUCAGCUUUUCAAAUAGAUGAAGUUCCAAAUGUUCUUGCUGUUGAUGGAAUGUGUGUGUUUGUGGAAAGCUUUUUUAGAAUUAAAUGUAUAUAUUGUAAUGAAUGAAGAUUUUUGUAAAGUUCGUACCAGCUUUAUUUUUAUUAUAAAAAUGUAUAGUAAUAUUCGACUUGUACUAUUUAAAUACUCUUUUAAUACUUCACCUACAGUCAAAUUCAUGUCAUAAAUAUUUGUAUAAAUAUUUAAUGGGUAAAUUAAAUUAAUUGAUAAGUUG